CCCCCAGUUGCAAAAAGCCCUGCACUGGACUGCAACAUAGUCAAAGAGUGAAAGGGAAGAGGGCGAAAGUGCCACUGGAGAUAAUUGAUUACCCACCAAUCAAUGAUAACUUGUUAGUAAUCGUCAACUCUUUGGACCUCGCCAUUUUCAGGGAGGCAUCUCACUCCUGCGGACUUGCUGCUCGCGAGGAUCGACACUUUGAACGCAUCCCAUUUUGGAAUAAGAUUUUCUUUCCCUCAAUCUCCCCUCCUUAUCUUUGUUUUUUUUUUCUACCUCCAAACUGUUAUGUGACUUUUUUACCCUCGAUACGUUCGCUCGUUUGUAACUGCUUAAUACUUCAACCAAGUCCUAUAAACUCUGCGUACAACCAAUGAUGACAUCCAAAGAAGUCGCCAAAUGUGAUGCAGUGGAAAACAGGAGGCGAAGUCCGCUGGACCACUUGCCGCCUCCUGCAAACUCCAACAAGCCGCUGACCCCAUUCAGCAUUGAGGACAUCCUGAACAAACCAUCUGUGAAACGAAGUUAUACAAUUUGCGGCACAGCUCAUCUAAUUUCGUCUUCUGAGAAACAUCGUCCCUCCAGCAUCCCUCUGUCCAACCGGGGACUCCUCACCCAAACCUCCCCGCUCUGCGCGCUGGAGGAGCUGGCCAGCAAGACCUUCAAGGGGCUGGAAGUCAGCGUUUUGCAGGCUGCCGAAGGCCGGGAUGGGAUGACUCUGUUCGGCCAGCGAACCACCCCGAAGAAGCGUCGGAAGUCUCGGACGGCUUUCACCAAUCACCAAAUCUAUGAACUGGAAAAGCGCUUCCUGUAUCAAAAGUACCUGUCCCCAGCCGACCGGGACCAGAUCGCUCAGCAGCUGGGCCUGACAAACGCGCAGGUGAUCACGUGGUUUCAGAACCGGAGGGCCAAGCUAAAACGGGAUCUGGAGGAGAUGAAGGCCGACGUGGAGUCGGCCAAGGCCAUCGGCCAGGUCCCACUGGACAAGCUCGCCAAACUGGCGGACCUGGAGAAAUGCGCCAAUGGCACGCUGGGCCACCCGCGAGCCGAGUCCCCCGCGCGGGGAGGCCAGCAGGAGCACGAGCUCUCUCAGAAACUGAGGACGUCGCCGCUGUCUCCAUUCUCAGACCACACAACUAGUAAAGAGUGCUCAGAGGACGAGGACGUGGAGAUUGAUGUGGAUGACUGAUGGCGCAUCCAGGAGCUUGAAGGUCAAGAAACACAAAAAGACGAUAAAAUAAUCCCGCGGAGGACUUGUAACUUACUGCUUAUAUUGUAUACCAUAUCUCGGAACAUGUACCAAAAUGUAAUGACUUUUAUAUUGGCACAGAUACUAUUCAUAGUGAAGCAUGAACACAGAACAAGAAUUAUGCAGUGAUAUUUUACAAUGUAUUCAUUAGCAAACUGUUACUUCUUUCGAUCAAAGCAAUAUGGUCUGAAAUGACAUGAGUAACUUAUUUUUUUACAGUAUAAACCAACACACA